AUGAUGGAGAUAUGCAGUAGCAGCAACCGAGACGUUGCAGGGAAGAACACAACUCUACAUUAUAAGAAGAAGACUGACAGGACUCGGACUCCCAUUACUGCUGCUUCUGCCGCUGUUACAGAGGCGGCUAGCGCACACGACAGACAAGGCAAUGCAAAGUUAGUAUCCAUGAGGGCUGUCGAUAAAACUCCAAACACACGUGGACACUCGUCAUCUCCGCCACGGCCGCCCAAACGUCGGGUGCGGUGGCCACCCACUGCUGCUGUGGAGGAAACAGGGGCGGCACACAGGAAGAACGUAGGUGCAGGCGCUGAGGGUGUCAACAUGAGCAGCUGCAGCAGCAGUUGCAGCAAACCAGUGCAAGGUGGCUCUGUGAGGAAGUACUUAGUUGCGCAAUACGCACCGAAGGCCGCAACGAGCACCAGCAGGUUUAUCAAUAAUAACAACAACAGCAACAUUAGCAACGUGAGCGGCAAUGCCAAGACUCCAGGCAAGGAGAGGGAAGUGAAGCAUGCAGUCGUGACGUUUCGGCGAAGUGCGACGGUGUCCGCACCGAACGGUCGCUCUUCUGGUAUUGCUUUCUCACGGCAUCAGCAACAACACCAACAACAGCAACCGCUACUCCAGCAGCAGCAGCAGAUGUAUCGGCGGGCGCGCUCUUACACAUGCGCUGCGGCGCCGUUUUCUUUCAACCCGGUGUGCGCUGCAGAGACUUCACCGCAGCCAAAGCAGUCACAACAGCAGCAGACGCUGUGCACGCCACAGCAACAGAGACAGAGGCGUGAAAAGUCGCCCUUUACCGCGUCCCCCGCAAGUAGAGCCGCACCAGGGCUCUCUCCUGCAUCAAAAAAGGUUGCGCUCUUGCCCACACGCGGGGGAAAGGCGAGGGGCGGCGAGACUGGUGUCGCCCGACCGCUGCUGCUGCUUCGGCCGCCCUCGCUGAGGCCCAAGCAGCAGGGCACGCCGGCACCACUGCGUGGGGGUGCGACGUCGCUGCAGCCGUGGUACAUGCGCCUUGCCUCCUCCACACAGUACGGCGUCUCACCUACGCAACGGGAGCGAUCAGUGGCAACGACCACAACUCCAACAAACCUCAGGAAUGCAUUAGCAGCAGCGGCAACAAGACCGCGCGCGGCUGUGCGGACGGCGUCUGUGCCGCUUUUUCCAACGUCUACAGUGGUCUCACACCGUGCGCAGAGCAGUGAGCUCGUGGAGGGGCGCCGCAGCAAGUUUCAGCAGCAGCAGCAGCAGGGGAAAGUCUCAGCGAAGCCCAAGGCGCAACACACAGUCACGAUGUCAAGAACCCGUAUGGUGCGGCAGCCGAGUGGAACAAAGGUAUCUGCGCCGAGGCAAAGUGCCAGUGGGGCCGCCGAGCAGUGCGGCAAGAUGACGCGAGCGGCAGUGACGACAACGGAGGUUGUUGCGGGGCAACGAACGGGCAGUCUUGGGGCGCGCCUGCGCACCUCAUCCUCUCAGGUUGCUGCCGGUAGUCGUAGCAGUGGCCUUGUACGCACAUCCUCCGUAUUUCCUCCAAAAAACCAACAGCAGCAGCAGCAGCAGCGCGAGAAGCCGGCGUCGCAGGUCAAGACGGGUGCACGAAGUGCGGCGGCGCAGCGCGGCGCAUCACGGCAGAAGCCGCUUCUCUCGAGGAGUCCAAUGGCGGCUCGUUCAACGAACAGUACACUCGUCCGAGAGGCGGCGACGCGGCAGAAGGAGCGGCAGCACACCCAGCAGCAGCACGAGCAGCUGGCGGCGGAAGUGCAACAUCUGCCGCGAGCCACAUGGAUGGCGAUGCGGCGGGAACUGCAGCGUCUAGUUGAAGUCCGCGCGAAACGUGCGGCAUUGAAGGUCGAAUCGGAUGCAGCAGUGGCAGCAGCAUUGGGGGUCUCACUGUCCGAUAGUGGUGAUGCUGUCGGUGAUGACAAUAGCAGGGAAUCGCGACCAAAGUCAGGCAAAUAUCGCGAGGAAAAAGGAGAAGUAGAUCAGCAACAGGAGCAGGCAUCCGAAGGGACUCAGGGCAGUAACGUCACUGAUGGGCGCAGGUACCGCCGCAGCCGAACGAGUGAGACACGCCAGGAACACAUACGCAUGCAGCAGGGCUUCUCGUCGCCGUACCGCGGGCCAAGCCACCGUGAUGUGGCAGCAGCAGCAGCAGCAGCAACAGAACAGAAGGCGCGGCCUGUGGAACGGCGCGGCACUGGGCCCAUCUCGCUGCCACGGCGCCCCCUUCCCACUCCUGCUGCUGCUGAUGCAGAGGAUGGAGGAAAUGAAUUUGUGUGUGUAACGAUANCGCUGUUUAGCGACGACGACGGCGACAGCGGCGGCGGUGGCGACGGCAGUGACAAGAACAAAGAUGAUGGGUGCCGCUGCGUCAAGAGGUCUUACGGCAAUGGCAGUCGUUCCCCAUCGAUUCGGCCGCCAAGUGAGCCGUUUAACGCCGUCACCGCCACGGCGUCCUCCGCCUCACCUUUGGCCCGCCACACUUUGUUGGGGGGCGCUGCGUCGUUGCCGCUGGUGCAGGUGCUGCGACAGUCAUCGUCGUCUGUCGCCUCCUCCUCGUCCUCCUCCUCUUCCUCGUCCGUGGCAUCGCCACCACCGAAGCAGCAAGCAGAGAAGCAUAGCGUGAAUCAGAAGCAACCGAAGGCCAAGAAAAAAGCACCCGCGUUGAAUUUCUGUCGUACACGCAGCCCGCGCCGCCUGCCACACGUCGGUACGCCUUCUGGGCGGGAGGUGGCCGAGAGGCCGAUGCGCCGCUCCAGCUCUGCAAUGCUGCUGGGGAGCCUCUGGGGCGGUGGUGGCGGCAACAUCGGCGGCGGCAGUAGCAGUGACGGUGCGGUGGUGCUGUCCUCUGACAUGCUCGUUGCGCUGUACGCCACCAUGCACGGGACGGCGGACCACGGCGACGCCAACAAUCUCCGCUCGUUUGAGCGUAUGCGCUCUGGCAAGAGUAGUCGCAACGGCAGUCUCAUGGGUCGUGGGGGCAGGAGACGUAGUCUUCCGCAGAGCGCCACUACGCGAAUGUUGCUGUUCAGUGACGCUUGCACAACGGGUCCCAGCAGCGUCAGCACUGCAGCAGCAGCAGCAGCAGCAGGAGCAGGAGCAGGAGCAGGAAAGACGCGGUCAGCGAGUGCUGGCAACAUGGGCGCCAACAAGCGAGGUGCACCGCUGCGUUCUAAAACCAGCAGCAGCGAGGUGUACUACGAUACUGUUGGGAGUGCGGAUACCAGCGUCGUCUUGUGUGGGCGGUCUGUGAAUGUGGAGCAGAAGAGUCGCAGCCACAGCAAGCGGCCGAAGGGCAGUUGUGACAAGGGUGGCUGCCCCGCCCCGACGAAGCCGGCGGCAGUGGUAAAGAGCAGCGGCGGUGCUAAGACGAGGAGCCAGUCGCGGGUGGUGUAG